AUGAACACGCUUGUCUCGCCCCCGCGGAACGGCAAUCGCCUCCCGCAGUCUGUCCAGGCUGCCCACGACGGCCGAGGUUCCCUGCCUCGUCGCUUCACCACCGACUCGGGGCGUGUACCAACAUUGUCUUCCAUUACCAGCCAGCGCGGCCCUGACCUCGGUGGUCAGGAUUAUAACAACACUAUGCACAAAGUUCAAUUGAUCGAGAAGAAGAAGAUCGAAUACGAGAGGCUCCGCGAGCAGAGGCGCCGUUUUGAGAUGGAGAUGCAGAAGCUGGAGCAGGCGCAGCGUCGCGAGGAGAUGGAGCUCGCCAAGAUGCAGGACGACCUCCGCCACGGCCACCACUUGACGUCGCCUCCCGGCCUCUUCAACCGCCCCGGCCGUUCGGGGUCGCAGCUCACCUCGCCCCAGUCGACCCUGAUGCAGUCCCGCUUCACCUUUGACGACCACAUGCCGUCCCGAUCCGUGCCGGGAUCCCGCAGAAACAGCGACGAAGACGAGAAGGAGGAGGCUGUUCGCCAGGACCCGACUAGCCAUCGGUCCUCCAACGCGUGA